UACAACCCCUCCUCUUGCCUCAGAAAACAUAACUGACAAAACUAAAUAAUUUACGAAAGAAACUUUUGUAAUAAAAUUUAUUUCAUAUAGUGUACAAAAUGUAAUAAGAAUUUAACUAAGAUCUCUAUAAUUUACGUGGUUUUGUGUGCAGUUUAACAGAUUAAGUGUUUAUCAUAGAAACAUUAAAAUAAAUUUUAACAUAAUGUCAGGUGCAAGUACAAGCACAACUACCCAAAGUCCUCCGGCUAUUGCCUCAAUCAACGAUGUUAGUGCUCUAUUUCAAACCGCAAAGAAGUAUGAAGAACUAAAUGUUAUAGGAACAGGUGCUUAUGGCACAGUGUAUAAAGCCAGAGAUUUGCACAAUGGAGGUCAGAUUGUGGCCAUGAAGAAGGUUAAAGUAGCGUUAACCGAAGAUGGCAUACCUCUUUCUACAUUAAGAGAAAUUGCCCUUUUGAGACAACUAGAAGCUUAUAGACAUCCAAACAUAGUUCGGUUGCUAGAUGUAUGUCAUGGUGGUCAGUCAGUUGACCGUGAUCAUCAGUUGGUGCUGUUCCUUGUAUUUGAGCAUGUGGAACAAGACCUGGAGUCUUACUUGAAAAAAGCACCGGGACCACUUUCCGAGAAUAGAAUAAGGAGUAUGUCCUACGACAUUUUAUGUGGUGUGGACUUCCUACAUUCGCACCGCAUCGUGCACCGCGACUUGAAGCCACACAACUUGCUGGUGACAGCCGCUGGUCGGGUCAAACUGGCUGACUUUGGUCUUGCCAAGACUUAUGACACCGAGAUGAAACUCACCAGUGUUGUGGUGACACUCUGGUACCGUCCACCAGAGGUUCUGCUCGGAGUCUCAUAUAAUACAGCGGUGGACGUGUGGUCUUGCGGGUGCGUGUUGGCACAGCUGCAUACCAGGUCUCCCCUUCUGCCAGGCUCCUCUGACUCCGACCAGCUCCAUUGUAUAUUCAGACUGAUAGGCAGACCGCCGCGUCAGGAGUGGCCUGACAAUGUGUCAGUGGUGGCUGACAGCUUCCCCCCGUACCCCGCGCGAGACCUCGCGGAUAUACUGCCUCGUGCACAUCCCAAUGCUGUAAAUAUGAUAAAGGGUAUGCUUGUAUUCGACCCAGCGAAGCGUCUAACAGCACUUGACUGUCUGGAACAUCCAUACUUCACAGAGGAACCUCUCACGUAGACCCCCUAAGGAGGUCAUUACCACUUUCAGGAGGUUAACGUAGGACUAAUCGAAAUUCAUUGCUAAUUAUUUUUUUAAUAAUAAUUGUAGAAAUUAUGUUUUUUUUUUUCAAAAUGGCAG